AUGGAUGUGGAGAAUAAAAGAAAAGAAUAUAUACAAAAAUGGGAAAAUUACAAAUCCCAAAAAUUAAAGGAGAAAGCAGAGAACAUAAAAAAAGCAGAGAACAUGAAAAAGACAAAACACACUUCAUUAUCAUCAAAAGUGACCAGAUACUCUGGGGUCACAAAAUUAAGGAGACAGACAUUGGCUUCUUUUGAAAACAAAACACACAUGGAUACCAGAAGUCGAUUGUCACUUGCACCAUAUCUUCAUAAACCAUACUCCCACAAUCAGUCGAAAUGUUUAGAUGAAAAAAGAGAGAAAAUGAAUGAAUGGCUACGCAAGAGAGGCAAAGCUCCAGUUACCAACAGACACAGCUUAUGCUUCUGCAAGCAGGCCCCUGACCAUGAUGGUCCCCGAUGUAAAAGAACAUUGACUAAAGAAGAAAUAAUGAUGCAGAAGAAAAAACUUGAUGAUGAGAAGCAUAAAGUUGCAGAAUGUGAUCAGGAAAACCUUGAAAAUUGUGAAGUUAAAAAAGAUGAACAUCUCUUUCCAAAAAUGGAAAUACCUAAAGAAACACUUCAAGAACUUAACGAGUCUGAGCAGAUGGAUCCUGUCAUUCAAGAAUGUUCUAUUUUGUUAGAUGCUGGUUGCCCUUCAAGUAACAUCUUAAAUUGGCUGAAAGAAAUACAGGAUCGUUUACCAGCAGUGAUGAAUUCUGCAGAGUUUUGGUUGCUGAAAGCUCGUGUUCAUGCAAUUGACAAAGACAUAGAUAGUCUACUGGAAGUAUUCAGCAAUGCAAUGAAGCAUAGAGCUACACCCAUCAAUACAAUUGCUGAUUCAAUGCCACAGAUGAUAAAGGAUGUUAUGUCAUCUUCUAAUGAAACUAAAAAAGAUGAAAUAUGCACUGUGGAAGAGAUGCCGGUUUCAGAAAAUGAAUUAGUUGAUUUGGACGAAAUGAGUGAUGAUGGCUCUCUUUACAGUCCAUCUCAAUCUCCAGCAUUUAUGGAUAGUAUCUUUGACUAUGAUGUUGAUGAUAUUGAGUACAAAACACCUGUGCCUCCAGUAACUCCAGGAAUGAUGAGACUCCCUGAGUCAUCUUCUAUAAAAUAUUCAGUUAAAAAAACGACUCCAUUCAAAAAGAGGGGUAACAACCAUGAUGAGUCUGCUGUGAUUGUCACACCUGUGCGUCGAUCAAAUCGUAAAAGCAUGGGAAGAAAAUCACUUGUUGAAAAUGUGAUUAGCUCUUUAGACGAACUUUCUUUUUCUGACAAACAAAACCUUCUGUUGAAAUCCAAUGUUGCUUUAGAGAACUUCAACUAA